AGCCCACCGCCGGGGGGCGAGCUGCGGCGGGCGUUGGCUGCGCCGUCACUUCGGGGAGCGCGUCGGUUGGCAGCGGAGGCGCGCAGGCGGCGGCGGAGGUUGAAGGAGACUCGGGGACGGGGAUUGGCGCCAGGCACUGUCGCCCCUUCUCCGCUCCAUGCGCAAGAUGUUGCUGGCCGCGCUCUCCCGGGUGCUGCAGGGUCCGGCCGCUACCGCCGCAGCCGCUGCGGGGAGGACGGGAGCUGUUAGUGAGGCAUCCCGAGUGAUGGUAGCGUCACGUAACUACACAGAUUUUGCAAAUGAAGCUACAUUUGAAAUUAAGAAGUGUGACCUUCAUCGCCUGGAAGAAGGUCCUAGCACCACAGCAGUGCUGACUCGAGAGGAGGGGCUCCAUUACUACAAGACAAUGCAGACCAUACGGCGCAUGGAAUUGAAGUCUGACCAGCUGUAUAAGCAGAAGAUUAUUCGUGGCUUCUGUCACUUAUAUGAUGGUCAGGAGGCUUGCUGCGUAGGCCUUGAAGUUGCCAUAAAGCCCACAGAUCAUGUGAUAACAGCAUACAGAGCUCAUGGCUUUACUUAUGCACGAGGAGUUCCUGUUCGAACAAUUCUUGCUGAACUUACAGGUCGAAGAGGAGGGUGUGUAAAGGGAAAAGGAGGAUCAAUGCACAUGUAUACCAAGAACUUCUAUGGUGGUAAUGGCAUUGUUGGUGCUCAGGUUCCUCUUGGAGCUGGGAUUGCACUAGCCUGUAAAUACUUUGGUAAAAAUGAAAUCUGUUUGACUUUAUAUGGAGAUGGUGCAGCCAAUCAGGGCCAGAUAUUUGAAACCUACAAUAUGGCAGCCUUGUGGAAGUUGCCUUGUGUUUUUAUCUGUGAGAAUAAUCGGUAUGGAAUGGGAACUUCAGUUGAAAGAGCUGCAGCCAGUACUGACUACUACAAACGGGGAGACUUCAUCCCAGGCCUCAGGGUGGAUGGUAUGGAUGUUCUCAGUGUUCGGGAAGCAGCAAAGUUUGCAACUGAGUACUGUAGAGCUGGAAAAGGUCCUAUUCUGAUGGAGCUGCAGACAUACCGCUAUCAUGGCCACAGUAUGAGUGACCCUGGAAUCAGCUAUCGUACUAGAGAAGAAAUUCAAGAAGUAAGAAGUAAAAGUGAUCCCAUUACUUUGCUGAAGGACAGAAUGAUCAACAAUAACCUUGCUAGCAUUGAAGAAUUAAAGGAAAUUGAUGUGGCAGUAAGGAAGGAGAUCGAGGAAGCUGCUCAGUUUGCUACCACUGAUCCAGAGCCACCGCUGGAAGAACUAGGUCACCACAUCUACUUCAAUGAGCCACCCUUUGAAGUGCGUGGCCCAAAUCAAUGGAUAAAGUACAAGUCUGUCAGCUAAAAGCCUUUUUUAUGGGAGGUAACUUAUUCAUGAGAAUAAGUUGUAAAUGCAUUUACAAGAACUAUAAUGACUUGGAAACAAACCUUAAGCUUAUUUAAAAGCUCUUUCAACAGAGGAAAGUUAAAAAUGGUGUAGGGGAAAUCCAUCUUAUUAUAGACUGUUUUAAAGAUGCUGAAUGUUGCUUCAGAAGGAGCUGAAUUAGGAGAGAGCAGUGGUUUAUUUAAAUUGCUUAUAUAUUUACUUCAGUGACCUUUCUUUGGACUGUUCUGUCAUGUACAGUACAAAAAUAUUAAACUUCAACAACACUUA